AUGUGUGUGUGGUGACUGCGACGCGUCGCGAUCGCACCGACUCGGACCAAGUCUACUGACGAUCUACGAGGAUGUCGACGGAAGACCUCUGCAGUGACAUAGCGAAGCACUUUGGGGACACCGUGGCUGGUGAUGAUUCGCUUCUCAAGGAUUGUAUGAGCCUGUGCAGGACGUUCAACUUGUCUGCCGAAGACUUGUUAUACAAGUGGGAGGCAGUCAACUACAAAAACCAGCGCUCUUUUCGGAUUUUCACGCCAGAUUCUGUCUCUGAGCUCAGAGCGCAUCUUCACUCUGAACAGGCAAAAGCCUUCGCAAGCAGACAAGGAGCAGUAUCUCGCAACUUCGGUAUUAAGGGAAGAGGAGGAUUUCGCGGUUUAUUGAAAAACGCUACUAUUGCCCCAACGAAACUUGAUGAGACGACGACGCUCAGCCAAGUUAUUUUUCGAGGUCCAAGAAUGGACGAGCUGUCCCGCAAGAGUAGAUAUUACCGAUACAUGUACGAGCAGGUGUUGGAAAGGAGUGAGGUCCUGGACGACCGAAUCGACUGUUUUGCAGAACUCGUUCAGCGACACUAUCGCAUAGACGAACUUGGCGAUCCUUUCUGUGCAACGACGGAAGCCGUUACUGUUGUUGGCCGUAUAGUUCUCGAUGCCGAAGCCGCCAGUUCCGGAAUCAAAAUCAAUGAAUCUUCUCUUGUUCUCGAGUCAUCGCGGAUGAUGGGGUCUGGUGUUCGAGUACCAAUCCGGCUUACUUCUGAAACAAAACUCCGCGGAAGCAUAAAGGGAACGACUGGUCUGAGUUUCUUUCCUGGUGCGAUUGUCGCGCUUCGCGGAAGAAAUGGAGGGGGUGGGUUCUUUUCCGUUGAUGAAAUUCUAGCUCUUCCCCUGUUUCAAACUCCGUCCCCUCCUCUAAGUGAUCCCGGUGCCAGUUUCUCCAUGUACAUCGCCUGCGGACCAUUCACAGCGGAUUCGGACCUACAUUACAAACCCUGGUCACAGCUAUUUCAAAACUUGAAAUCAACGAAACCCGCAGUCGUUCUACUUAUUGGACCAUUCGUUGACGCGGAGCACCCCCAAAUUAUGGCAGGCGAUAUAGGUAAAACCCCAAGCGAAAUAUUCGAGCGCCAUUUCCAGGAAACCCUACGAGAUUUUCUCCUGCAGUCACCUGGAAGCAUGGUCCUGCUCGUGCCGAGUGUCCGCGACCUCAUCAGCGACCAUGUCGUAUUCCCCCAGUGUGAACUUAAAUUGUUUGGCACAGACUCACGAAUACACUGCCUUCCCAACCCAUGCCGUUUCUCUUUGAACGGCGUAUCGUUUGGGGUGACGAGCGUGGACGUGCUUUUCCACCUCCGGAAGGAAGAAUACUUUAAGCGGUUGCAGGAAGUUGACCCUUCAGUAUCGGAUCUUGCGCCCGCUAGCGACGCGAUGACGAAUCUAGCACGGAACUUGCUUCAGCAACGAAGUUUUUAUCCGAUCUUCCCGGUUCCACUGGAAAUGUCACAUGAAGUCAAUCUUGACGUCACCCAUUCUGAAGGACUGAAGUUGGGGACUGAAGACGAAUGUGCACCUGACGUCCUCGUUCUUCCCAGUCGCUUGAAGCAGUUCUCGAAAGCGGUGGAUAACUCUAUAGUCAUAAACCCAUCCUUCGUGCACAAAGGAUUUUAUGCAAAGCUAUCUUACGCUGGUCAAGCUUCCGGUAUUCCCCGCGACCGAGUCGAUGUUGAGAUAUCCAAGAUCGCCUGAUUACUAUCUUGCGCCGGCGCGUACCAUGUAUCGUUAUUUAGAGGUUGCUUUCCCGUAAUGCUGUAUUUCGGAUUUGGAUUAGGUGUGCGUCAUUCGGCCCGGUAAGCCCUCCCAGAAAGCCACUAGUAUGAUUUGAGCACGUAUUGUUUGGGUAACGGUGUGGAUGAAGGGAGUGCAGCUACGUCACGCAUCGUGAACAGGGG